UUCCAUGUUUUCUAGCAUGCCAUUUGGGAUUGGUAUGCAAACAAGCAAAGGUUAUUCAUUCAUUCAUUGAUUUUUCAAAGAAACAGACGUGUCUAUUUAUAUGAGAAACUAGUCUAUGGAAAAAUAUUUAACAGAAAAAGAGAAGGCAUUGGAGGAUGAUGAUUCUUCUCCCAUGACCAGCCAGUCCAGUAUUGAAAGUGGCGAUGAAAAUGAAGAAAGAGGAAACUGGUCUGGAAGACUGGACUUUUUCUUAUCAUGUGUUGGGUAUGCUGUUGGUUUAGGAAAUAUUUGGAGGUUUCCAUAUCUGUGUUAUAAAAGUGGAGGAGGAGCAUUUUUGAUCCCCUAUGUGAUAUUUUUGGUGCUAUGUGGUAUGCCAUUAUUCUUUAUGGAAGUCAGCUAUGGACAGUUUGCCAGUCUCAGUCCAAUUACUGUUUGGAGGAUGUCACCUCUCUUUAAAGGUGUUGGUUAUGGUAUGGUUAUAAUCUCUGGCAUAGUGUGUGUUUACUACAACAUUAUAAUAACAUGGACAUUAUACUUUCUGUAUAUGUCCUUCAGAGCGAUCCUGCCGUGGAGCAGCUGUGAUAAUUCUUGGAACUCUGAGAAUUGCUACUUACAUUCUGACAACGAAACCACCGAUGAAAACUCAACUUCUUUCAUGUGGAAUUUAACUUCUGUUGGAAAUGUGACACAUGAAUUGUUAAAGUAUGACAAUACAACAGGAAUGCUCAAAAAUGAAACCUUGAAACAGAUAACACCCAGUGAAGAAUUUUGGGAGAAUCGUGUGUUAAAGAUGACUGAUGGGAUAGAAAACUUUGGUGGCAUCAGAUGGGAACUGUUGAUAUGUCUGGUUAUUGCCUGGGUUCUGGUGUUCCUCUGUCUUUGUAAAGGGGUCAAGUCAUCUGGAAGGGUUGUGUAUGUAACAGCCACAUUUCCGUACUUGGUUUUGUUAAUCUUAUUGAUAAGAGGAGUGACUUUACCAGGGGCAUCAGAAGGGCUCAAAUUCUACCUCAUUCCACAAUGGGAAAAGUUAGCCACAUUUCAGGUGUGGGGAGAUGCUGCAGUACAGAUAUUUUACUCUGUUGGUAUGGCCUGGGGAGGACUUAUUACAAUGGCUAGUUACAACAAAUUCCACAAUAAUGUAUACAGAGAUGCUAUGAUAGUGCCAUUGAUUAACUGCGGAACCAGUAUUUUUGCCGGACUAGUAAUUUUCUCCAUUCUUGGAUUCAUGGCUCAUGAGACGGGUGACAGGAUUGAAGAUGUUGUUACACAAGGACCAGGUCUUGUGUUCGUAGCUUACCCAGAAGCUGUAGCUAAGUUACCCAUUUCUCCAUUGUGGGCAGUACUUUUCUUCUUGAUGUUACUGACCAUUGGACUGGACAGCCAGUUCGGAAUGUUUGAAACUAUGACCAGUGCAUUCAUUGAUGAAUUCCCAGAAUAUUUAAGAAAUAGAAAAGUUCUGUUUACAGCUGGCAUGUGUUUUGUUGAAUUCUUGCUUGGACUACCCUGUAUUUUUGAGGGAGGAAUCUACUGGCUACAGAUCAUGGACUGGUACUGUUCCACUUUCUCUCUUAUGCUGUUAUCUUUAACUGAAUGUGUGGUUAUCGGAUGGAUUUAUGGUGCUGAUAGAUUCUAUAUGGAUAUUGAGCUGAUGAUUGGAUACAAACCAACGAUCUGGUGGAAAAUUUGUUGGAAAUAUAUCACUCCAGUAGUUAUUGCUUUUGUAUGGUUGUUCAGUGUUACACAGUUAAAACCAGUUUCCUAUGGUGAUUACCAGUACCCAUCAUGGGCCAUUGUCUUAGGUUGGGUGCUGGGAUUGGUGUCAUUGGUACCUAUUCCUGUUUGUAUGAUUAUCGCUAUCUACAAAUCUAACGAAGGAACAAUAUUACAGAGAGUUCAAAAGUUGUUGAAGCCCGACAAGUCAUGGGGACCAGCAGUAGAGAAAUACAGAUCAGAAUAUGAAGCUUCAAAAGAGUCCAGUUCAUCUACAGGACCUAUAUGUAUAUCUUAUAGAACUGAUAUUGUUAGCAUAUCAGAUGUUAAAAAGCAACCUGAAGGACAAAAUUUUGUUCUAUGAUGUGUAAAUCAAUAGAUAAACAUUUUAUGAUUGUUUGUGAUUAUUCCAUCAUUUUCACCUUUGUAUGUUGAUUAGAUCUUGAUAAGUUAUGCUUGUGCUAUCUGAUAAAAGAGUUGCACAUUUGCACUAUUUGAAAACACAAUUACACAUGUGCACUAACUGAUAACAGUUACAUAUGUUGUCUCUGCUGGACAAUGUACACAUGUGCUGUCAGAGACUACGCAGGAUAUCAGAGUUGUGCUUUCAGUAUAGUUAAAAGGUCAAGUUUAAUGUUAACAAAAAAGAAUAAGGACACUGUGUUCAAAUAUGUUGACAGAAUGGACAUGAACAGAUACUAUUUGAAAUCACAAUUAUUAGAUCUGUAAAACAUCUGUAUGUAUGUAAAAAAGUUAAAAUGCAUGCAUAACAUGGUAUCAGUUUUGAUGUGGGAUCAUAACAUGGUAUCAGUUUUGAUGUGGGAUCAAACUUAUCUACCAAUGUCCAUUUAUGUGUAGGCCUUUACUUCAGAAUGAUCAAAGAACAAUUUUAGAAAAGUUUAGUUUAUUAUAUUUUAUAUUUAAAAGAUUUACAUGUUCAGUUGAGAAUGUUAUUUAGAAUUGUAUUUUAAUUAUUGUAAUACAAACUUCAUCACAUUACAGUCUGUUACCUACAUUGUUAAAAUAAGUAUCUUGAGAAUUGGUAAAAAAUCCAAGCUAUGUUCUUUCAUAAAAGAUCGUUUAAUUUUUUUGGCUUUGUUUUAUUUGUUUUAAAAUUAGACUCCGAAGUCAGAAAAGUUUCUUUUUAUGUGAAUGGGGACUGUUUUAUUUUCUUUGGAAAUGUAAAGCUAAUCUUAUUCAAACUGUCUAUUUUGCAGAUUAUUCUUUUUAUACUAGAGAAUUGGAAAGAAACUGUUAGAAUUUUUUUAUUUUUCUGUUUUGAAACUUUCCUUCACUCGCAAUUUACUUUAUCUGUUUUGAAACUUUCCUUUACUCUCAAUUUACUCUUCUGUUGUUAAAAAAUGUAGUAGUUUUUUUUUACAUAUGAUGUCUAACAUUUUUUAUUUGUAUGUCAUAAUUUCAACAGCAAUGAAUUUUCCAGCAUUAAUUGUUUUACGUUUAUUUUAAUGUAAUCAAUUGUUUCAUUUAACUGGAAAAGGUGAUUUUAAAGUGAUGUUGAACAUUUUACUUUGAUCAAAUGUAGAAUUUUUUUUACAGUGCAGUAUUUUAUUUUUAUUAAUUGAAUUAUUUUAGAUCUUUUGUGAGAUAUCUUAUAUUUAGAAUCUCUAUUUUUUUUUAAUUCUUACUCAAAGUCAAUACUUUAAAUAUAGAAAAUACAUCUAAGCCCAAAUAACCUUGAUGCAUAAUCUCAAUUACAUAACUAAUUAUAUCAUUGUAUUUUAUUACUUUGUGUAAACACAAUGUCAUACAGCAAAUUGUGUCUGGUAUAUAUUUUUUUACUAAAAGAAAUUCAAACAUAUCUAAAAUUUUGAAACUUUUCAAAAUUAAAAAAAGAAAACAUUAAGCUUUGAUGUUGUCAACCAAUUUGAAAUAUUGUAAAUUUUGGAAAGUUAGGCAGUAUUAUAUAAAUUUUCUAUGAAUUGUUGAUAAUAUUGUAAUUAUUUUACAAUAGUUUUAUGUUGAUCGUAAUACUCUUCAAGAUUUUUUAAUAUUUUGUUGUUUUAGAUGUUUAUGUCUAGAACUGUUUGCUAAGGCCAAUGCAUUACAUGUUUUUUUUUUUUAUGGCCCCACAACAAAGUUGUCGGGGCCAUAUAGUUUUACCCUUAUCCGUCAUUCCGUCAUUCAGCAACAAACCAUUAUACGCAAUUUUUUUCUAAAUGCCUUCAGAUAUUGGGCUGAUUUUUGGUAUGUGAGUUAACCCUGAUGAGUUACAGAUCAAGUUUAAGUAUCGUUCUACUCUGCAAAUUUUUGCCGAAAUUACAGGCUUUGGACUUUUAUAAAUUGUUAAAAAUCACAGUUAUACAGACUCUUUUCUAUACGCCUUCAGAUAUUGGGCUAAUUUUGGUACGUGAGUUAACCAUGAUGAGUUACAGAUCAAGUUUAAGUUUUGUUCUGCUCUGCUAAUUUUUGUCGAAAUUACAGGCUUUGGACUUUGAUAAAUUGUUGAAAAUCACAGUUAUACAGACUCUUUUCUAUACGCCUUCAGAUUUUGCGCUGAUUUUUGAUAUGUGAGUCUAUCUACCAUGAUGAGUUACAGAUCAAGUUUAUAUUCGUUCCACUAUGCUGAUUUUCAUGUUGUUUCAACACAUCUUGUUAGGUCUGCAGUACAUCCACUUCCAGUUUGAAAUUUAACUACUCAUUGAUCAAGGAAAUUUUUCAUCAAACUAGUAUUGGUAUUGAAAGCUAGAUACUAUCCAUGAAUGUUUGUGUCCACAUGUGUUGUUGAAAUUGCAGAUUUUUCACUUUUUGAGACAGGGCCGUUGUUCCGACACAUCUAGUUUAAAACUGUUGAAUACUCUUGUAAUUGUACAUUUUUUGUUGAUUGUUUGUGUCUCAGUUAGAUUUUUUCAAAUACUUAAAUACUGUGAGAUCAAAGUUAGAAAAGUACAUAUGUUUCAAUGAACUUUUUAUCCUGCCACUUAAGGUUUGAAAAUAAUUCUCACGUUGUUACAAAAAUCAGGGCAGCAGUAAUUUACAAGCUUUGUGUUAAUAAGAUAUAUAAUUAGUGAAUGCAAAAGAUUUCUUUUAGUUUUUUGAUAGCUGUAAAUUCUAAUGUGUUAGUUAACCAUAAAACCAGAACUUUUUUUGUCUGAUAAGUUCAAAAGUUCAUAUUUAGAGAAUCUCCUAUUAAUGCUAUGUAAUUUUUAUAUUAAUUUGUUUGUAAAGUGCAAAUAUUGGAUUGGUUUUAUUAGUAGCAUUCAAUAUAAACAAAUGUCAUCAAAUGUUUUUGGUCCUUCAUUUUAAAGAUUUUCAUUGCCUGACAUUUUUUCUUGUGAUGGAUAAAAAAUAAAAACCGAAUUCAAAGUUAGCAAGACAUUAAAAACCAAACUGUUUUGAAAUUACUUAAUUAUCAUACAGUAGUUUAGCAGGGCAGCAUUUACAAUCCAAAUAUAAAAAGUUUAGAGCUGACUUGCAAUACUAAAAAUCAAUUAUUUACCUUUUGGUAAUUUAUUUUCAAAACACAGUAGAAUGUCAAAUAGAAUUUACUCCUUUGUUACGAACCAAAACUGGCCAAAUUCAGAUAUUCAAAGAGUAUCAUGAUAGAGGUAACUCUUGGUAGCAUUAUUUAAGACCACCAUUGAAUAUGGUUUGUUUUUUUUAUUGAAUAUCAACAGCAUGACUAUGUCAGACAGUCAGAUAUCAAUAAUGCAGAUACAAAAUUCACUUUAAAAGUUUUUCUUAUUGAGAGUGUGCCAUGAUGUAAAAAAAAUAUGGUUCUUAUUAUCUUUUUUUUAAAUCCAGCUUUAGUAUAGGAAUUGAGUUAAAAGAUGAAAACAAAUAUUGAUAUUUGAUAAUAUCUUGAUAAAAUUAAGAUUUAAGGUAAAUCUAAUUUAUUUCUGAUACAAUUAAACAACAUUUUGUAUUGUACAGUAGUUGUCAUGAAUCGUAUGCUUGUUUUACAUAAAAUCUUAUGACUAAAAUUAAUCAAAAAGUUAUUCUGAAAUGUUCACUGACUAACAGUAUUUUACCCCAAGAAGUUUUUGUGAUAAAAAGUUGCUAUUUAGUUUUUAUGGGGCAUGCAUAUACUAAAAAAGUGCAUUGUAAAUUCUAGUGCCAGGUUUUGUCAGUUUACUGAAAUGAAAAAAGUAAUGCACAAAUACAAUUUAGAAUUUACCUGACAUUUGCCACCUCAAACAAGUUAUAAAGUAUUUGACUAGUCACAGGCUAUUUAUAUACUGUAAUACAUUACCAAAUAUUUAUGUCAUUUUAGGUCUGUAUUGUUACAUAAAUAAAUAAAAUGAAUUUUACAUUU